UUUGUAUUCGAAAUGUUAUUUCAAAUACCUAUUUUCUAUUUUAAAUAAAUGUACAAAAACCAUUUUGCAUUUUACAUUUUAAAUACAAUAUCUGAAUACAUUUUGUAUUUUCCAUUUUAAAUACUUAUUUAAAUGCAUUUUACCCACCUCUGGUGACCAGGAUACAGGUUCUGAAGGCAAUGUGGCAACAGGUUACUUGCUUUAGUUGUGUGUUUGUCGAUUUUAAUACUAAUCUUAUCUUCGUUUAUAUCAGACAUACUGCUGUGUGUUGUACUUAUAGGUAACGAGGAGACGUCACUAUCGCGAGAGGAAGUACCUGGGGAGGACGGCCAAUUGUUUGACUUCGGUCCACUGGAGGUGGAGUUUGUACUACUGAGGGGAGUGGAUGAAUAAGCAGACCAAAAGCUGGAGACGUUCAUGAGGACUCAGGGGGCCGUCAAUCAACGCCUUCUGGAUCCUUUGGAACGAAACCAGCCCAGGAAGGACCCGAAACCAAAACCAUCAUCGACAGCGAGCGGUGAGUCUAUUUCGACCAAUCUUAUCUGUCCAACCCCUACCCUGUCCGAGUCGAACACUGUCCCACGGAGAAGCUAUCUGGAUAGAGGGAAUAUUGGAGGAUUUGGAUAUAAUUAUAAAAGAAGGUGUGAUCAUUUAUGAGGACAACAGAGGCUGCAUUGGAAUGCAAGCGCUCAAAACAUAUAGAUAUUAAACAUCAUUUUAUAAGGGAUUACGUAGAAAAAGGGAGUCGAGUUGUGCGGAUCCUGACUGGAAGGUCAUGGCUAAGACCCUGGCGAGACGACCUGCUCCAAUUCCCACUAUGAAGAGACCCCAUUUCAGUUCCGACCGGCAUAAGCCCAUGUUAUUCCUGGAUCAGUUUAAGUGCCCCGGAGGAAAAGUUAGAUGUGGUUCGAGGAUGUUUGGAGACAAGUGCGUUAGAGUGGAUGGGGAUUCGCGAGCGAGCAUGGGCAACUUUUGCGGAUUUUAGGAGAGAUUUCUUGGAGCAGUAUUGAUCUGAGGAUCGCCAACAUGCACAGCGGGUGAAGUUUUUGGCACAGGAAUAUUCUCCAUGGGGAGGUCCAUGUUCGAGUAUUUUUUAAACAGUUCACCAAGCUACGAGCAGUGAUACCGUCAAGUCCCGAGAAGACGCUGGUAGAGGAUGUGAUGCGCCAGUUCUCGAGCUCUAUAAGAUCUCUGUGGCCCUUGGCUUCGACCAACGAUUUGGGUGGUGCCCUGAGGUUUCUCGGCCAGCAGGAGGAGGCAGGAAGGAAAUGUCCACGUUGUUUCAGAGUCGCAGCGAUAACAGAGGCCACGUGUGGAUCCGUCCGAGGGACGCCGGACCCAACAGGAAGUGGUAUCUCCGUAUUUGAUGUUUCCUAUUCCGCCACCACUUUACAUAAAUGUAAAGGAAAGCUUGCAGCGAGUAAGUAGCAGUGCAUCCAUAGGUGACAGAAAGGGUACGUUCCACUUAAAGACUGCGACGAUUGCAACGUCCCAAAUUUCGUUCCACUUGACGCCACAAAUGUUGUGGUCGAUGUCGAAAACGUCAUAGUUGACGUCAUUAAUAGUCGACCGCAAAGCCCGCUUCGCGCGUAAAACAGAGUUUCCUUUCACCAAAAUGACUACCCUAAGUUUAUAUCAUGACGGCCAGUUGGUAGAAUUAAUUGUAUCUGCGGAGGAUGCGGAGCGUGCACAAAAUGAUAUGCAGUUUGCUGCAAAGCUGUUAAACGCAGGAUUAUCGGAAACCGCUGCGGAAGAAGAAUCGAUUGUAUCCCCUGAAGAAGAAUCCAUUGUAUCCCCUGAAGACGUAGAUCGGGGUGACGGAGGUUCAUUAUAUAGAUGGACAACGCCAUCAAUUUUACUGUUAUUGGAGACAUAUCGGUCAUAUGAAUCCCAAUUUACCGAUGGCAGGCAACCGCAAAAAAAAGUAUGGGACAAGGUUGCAGAGAUUUUAAAUAAUAAUGUAACUGGAAUGCAGUGUGCCGCAAAACUGAGAAGUUUAAAAAAAACGUAUAAAUCCAUAAAAGAUCACAAUGCGAAAUCUGGCAACGACAAGAGAACUUGGAAAUUUUUUGACCUUAUGGAUGAAAUAUUUUCGAAGCGUGCAUGGUGCAAUCCGGUUGCGGUUGCGUCCUCCUCAGAUACAGAUGUCAAACCACAGGAUAAUACCAGUGCCCCAUCAACAUCGAAACCAAGUACCAAUGUGCUUAUGGCCAAAAGAUUAAGACAAAAGGACGAGCAUGAGGAAGCAAGAGCAAAGCGACAUAAGGAGAGGUUAGAAAUGGAUCACAAGUUUUUAGCAGUUUUGGAAAAGCUAGCAAAUAAAUAAUAAAUUCUAUUUUAUAUUAUUGAUGAAGUCACAGUUUUGUUUAUUAUUUAUAUAUUUAUAUUAUAAUAUUUACUAGGUAU